AUGUACACGUCGACCGCAACGUCCGCCGUCUACGCCGCUCAGGCAACAGCUCUCACCCUCCACCCGACCAGCGACAUCCAGGGCCAGUCAUUCGACCGCUACGUGCAGAUCUUUCUGGAGAACCAGGACUACGACAUAGCCGCUGGCGACCCCAACAUACAAUACCUCGCCUCACUGGGCAUCACCCUCGACAACUACUGGUCCAUCACGCAUCCCUCGCAGCCCAAUUACGUAGCGGCUCUGGGCGCGGACACAAACGGAGUGUGGCUGGACGACUUUGUGCAAAUUGAUGAGAGUGUUGAGACCAUGAUCGAUCUGCUCGAGGCGGGAAACGUGAGCUGGAGCAUAUACGGGGAGGACAUGCCGUUCUCUGGUUUCGAGAGUGAUUGGGUGAACCAGGAGACCGGGGCGAAUAUGUAUGUGCGGAAGCACAAUCCCAUGAUGUCGUACGACUCAGCCACGGGGGAUAUUGACAGGCUGGCCAAGGCGAAAAAUCUCACAAUGUUCUACGAGGAACUGGAGAGCGGCACGCUGCCUCAGUGGAUGUGGAUAACACCAAACAUGAUCGCAGGGCAGUGGGCGAGAGACUUCCUCGUGCCUCUCCUAGACAACCCGAAUUUCAACAUUGACAAGACCCUGGUCAUCCUCACCUGGGAUGAGUGCGAGAACUACCUGCUCGAGAACAGGGUCAUGGCUGUGCUCUUAGGCAGCGCCGUCCCAGACAGCCUCGUCGGCACUACAAACUCGACCGAGCUUAGCCACUACAGCCUCUCCAAGACGGCUGAGGUCAACUGGAAUCUGGGCAGCCUCGGCAAGAACGACGAUGAUGCGACGUCCAUCGCUGUGGUAUUGGACGCAUGA